AUGGGUCACUCGAAUGUGUGGUUUUCUCAUCCAAGAACGUACGGACCAGGUUCAAGAUCCUGGUAAGUUUGUGUGUACGACAUAUUUAAACCACUUCUUUAUAUUUUUAUCGAAUUAUUUGAGUAUUUGUGUGGUUCAUGAGGGUUAUUUGGAGGCUUUUCAAUUUACCGCUUGUCCGCCUGAAAUUCAAGAUGGCUGACACGUGGUCGAAAUUCUGUAAAUUGAAUAUGGUUUGCCGGUUGCCCACGAUUUCACUGUGAAUUUCGCUUUUAAAAUUUCAUAUUUGCUGUUGAAUUUAAGAAUUUUGAAGUUUUUGAUGUUGGUAACGUGCUACAGGACGAAUUUUUGAGUUAACUGUUUGUAUGUUGAAACUCUUUUCUAAUAGUUUAGUGCUAAACGCGUGGGAAUAUAACUACUUUGUUUACUGGCGUCUAAAAUUGUUAAAAAAAUUUCAAGUCUCUGUGAAGGAAAACAGUUUCUCUGGAUACAGCCUUUAAAUUUGAGAACUGGUGACAUACAGGCGAAAGGUCUCUCCCAAUUUUUUUGCGACUUGGCACCAAGUUGCAGUUUCAUCUAUAUCAAAGUGCUCUGUGAGCAAACUCGUGAAUUGACACAUUGAAUUGAUUAUGUCUAAUGUUAUCUGGUUUAGGGAAUUUUGUGGUUGAUUGUCAUAUUUAGAGCACGAGCAGUAGUUCAGUGUUCGCUAAUGUAGCAAAGAAACAAAGUAACAUUGGGAUAAGAAGGCAUUACAAUUGAAAUGAUCAUGCUAUUAUAUUUGACAAGGUGGAUGAUGUCAUGUGUUUUAAACAUCUAUCAUUUUUGUUUCUGGUUCAAAAGAAAAGGUUGGAAGUAAAUGUGGGUGAAAAGUGAAAUUUACUGUCUUUUGUUGUAAAUAUUAGAAAAUCAAGGCAAUACUGUCUUAGUGAAAACAUUAACGAUUCCCUCUUUAUCAAAUGAGACAAACAGGAACGAGUUUUGAGUGAUAUAACUAAGCCAAGCCUGCCACCGUCAUUUUGGAUCUCCGCCUGGGUAGAUUUAAGUCACGUGCUAGGCAACGUAUAAUCAGUAACAAGAUAGAAUUUCAUUUCAGGCCUAUUUGUCAAUUUUUGUGGUGUGUAACUUUCGUAUUUUAGUACGUUGUAUGUGUGUUGAAUCUUCAAAUUGUCUUGAAACUUAAAAGAAAAUUGUUCUUUAAAAAUUCACUGAAAAUCGGUGGCUAAAAUUGUUUGUUUAGGUGUUAUUUGAUUUUUCGUGUUAACUUGUUAUUUUGUCAGUCACCGGCAUUUUUUUGCUUCACACAGGAAAAAACACGCGACGAAAUGUAAUGAUAAAUUUUGUCCUCAAUCUCAUGCUAUAACAGAAAAAGCUUUUGAACAUCUGUAAACUCCGAGCGCUUCGCAGUAAGUGAUAUUUUCAAUGAAUCUUCGGAUUGUUUUCAAGUUCAAGGAUUGUAAAUUACAAUUUUAUGAAAAAACGAAGGUUGUUCUGUUAUUUCAGUGUGAAUCCUUGCAUGCCUGCCAGUCGCUGGCGCUGCUUGUUGAAACUAAAACGAAAAAAAAAAAACUCUUUUAAGAUUAUCAUUGGCUUCUUUUUCACCCCACCACUAUUCUUAGCAACAAAGGUCGCCAUUUCGUAUGUUUAUUGCUCGCCAAAAACUAUCAAAUGCACUCAAAAGCCUAAAAUCUAAAAAAAGUUUACAGGAAUCAACCAAUCGAGCGAGCGAAUGCCAUUCCCCACAUCGUAUCUAUAACUCGCUCUUGUGCAUGCGUGCAAUUCACGAGUUAAAAAUGACUGGCUUGUUAUUUUGCUGCAGCCACACAAUUGCAAUGAUCGUCUGUAAAUAGAAAGAUCAACGAUAACUCAUCUUACUUUAGGACAUGUAACUUCAAUGAUCAUUUAUUCACCAUAUAGAAAUCUAUGUGACUUAAGAACUGUUAUGUGGUUAUUUUCGUUACAGCCGUGUUUGCUUCAACCAUCAUGGCCUUAUCAGAAAAUAUGGACUGAACAUUUGCAGACGAUGCUUUAGACAGUAUGCUAAAGACAUUGGCUUUCAAAAGGUUUGCUAA